AGUAUGGUUUUGUUUGGAGAGAAAAUAGUUUCAACCACCACGUUAAGAAUUUAAAUAAAUAGUCUGUAUGGAGGUAAAUAUAUUAGAAAUCCACUCUCAGUGAAUAAACAACUACUAACCCACCUGUGAGGCAGUCGACUGUUUCAAUUAAAUGUCAGGACCUUAAGAAAUCACUAAAGAUGCCGCUCUUUGGAAACACGUUCAGUCCGAAGAAGAUUCCCCCCCGAAAAUCUGCAUCUCUGUCCAGCCUCCACACGUUGGAUCGUUCAACCAGAGACGUAGAAUUGGGUCUUGAGUAUGGACCUCCUGUGAUGAACCUUGGAGGUCAGAGUUGGAAGUUUGAAGAGGGGCAGUGGAUAUCAGAAUCUGGUGGAAAUGGGUCCGGUAGGGAAUUGCAGCGGCUUAAGAAAAAAAAUGUGCAGCUGGAAGAAGAGAACAACCUCCUGAAACUUAAAAUUGAAAUUCUCUUGGACAUGCUGACAGAGACUACCGUGGAGUACCACCUGAUAGAGAAAGAAGUGGAAGACAUAAAGACUCAACAUCGAAGGAAGAAAUGAAAGAUCUGAUGCCUUCAUCACAAGAAAUGUUCUUCAUUCUCAGAGAGCUUGAAGUUUGUUGAUAAAAAAAGAGCUGUUACUUUGUUCUUGUUUUUUGAGGAUUUUUGUGCCGUAGGUCUCGGCCCUGCUUGUAUUUAAUCGGAAAAGCAGGUACUCCUUAAUCAGGUUUUCUGUCUACUUUUAUUUGUUUUGUUCCGCAUUUGUAACUAAAUCUGAAACAACUGUGAACAUCUUUGUUCAAGACACUGCAUCGUUUCUACAUCUGUAUGGCAAGUACUGGCCAACAUUUUCUUUUUAAGAUUUUUUGUAUUUAUUGUAUUUU